GUUUUCAAUUUUUCAAAAUUGGAUUGUUUUUUUUUUAGUUAACUGAUAUCAUGUGAUAGUACUGACGAUUGUCUUUGAGGAGAUAGAACUAUAUUUAGGAUCAGGAUCAAUAUAUAAAAUAAACAUGAAUAGACCAAAGAGGAAACGAAAACCUACAUAUAAACUUAUACAAAGUGAUGAAUCAGCACUGUUAGAUAACGAAGCAGAUAAACAAACAGAAGAUCGGAACCUAAGUCCACCGCAAAUUAAACCCCUAACUAACUCCAGGAAAAACACUGUUGCUGCUUUCACAAGGUCACUAUCGACUGAUGGUGCUGAUGUUACCCAAGGGAAUCAUUCUGCAGAUGAUGAAGGCAUACAACUUGGAAAUAUUAUUGCAGACUUCCUGCCAAACCCUAAGAAACUGUUCAACUGGCCAUCAGAGGAGGAAGGUAACUUCUCAUUAUGCAUCAAUAUAUGUUUGUUCUGCAAAGGAGGUUUCCUUUUGGAAGAAGACCUCGCUCAGCACAAGUGCCACAAGAGGUUUGGAGAUCCCAGUAGUCAUUGUCACAAUGACGAUGACAAUAACGAAUCACAGAAUAGUAACACAACUGUUAAACAAGUUUAUAUGGAUACAGAUUCUGAAUUCAUUGCUGAAGCUACAGACACGUUAGAUUUAGCACAUCCAGUUGAACCAAAGGAGUCAGAUAAACUUGAAACUGAUGAAACAAUGAUGACAGUAUCUUCAGUAGGUGAAUCAAUAGAGAAGCAAGGUAGUAACAUUGAUGAGAGCGUAACACAGAAUGAUACAAAAAAUGCAGCAACAAAUGAUGCUCAUGAAAAUUUUCCUGUGGAUAAUGAGGAUGUAAUGGACAUACCUGCUGUUAGUGAUAAAAACAGCAUGUCUACAGAAUUAAAUGAAAAUGUUCAAACUGAAAAAAGAGAUGAUGUUAGUGACAUUGACUCAUCAGUUGCAGAUCAAACUGAUGAUUCUAAAAACCAAAAUUCCUCACCUAAUAAGGACUCUUGUAUUUUACCUCAGAGUAAAGCUAAACAUGUGAAAAUAACUGGAAUUUUGGUCAGAUCUCAAAGUAAACAAACUAAAACUAAAAAGUAUAUGACACGAUUGGAGAAGCAACAGAAAUAUUAUCUGGAAAGGUUUCCAGACAAAUACAAACUAAUAAAAAAUGAUGAAGGUAUAGAUGAAUAUCAAUGUUUAAUAUGUGGCAGAACCUUUAAAGCAGCUACUAACAUGCAAAACACUCUAGGGCAACAUUUAUAUGCUCAUGAAAUUGGAAAAUUAAAAUGUAAGAUAUGUGGUUUUGAAGCAAAGAAUCCUCAAAAUUAUAAAUAUCAUCAAGAUCUUCAUAGAAGUAAGGAUGAUCCUUAUGUUUGUGAGACAUGUGGAGCUAAGUUCCAAGUGAGGUUUAACUUGCAGCAACAUAUUACCAAUGUUCACAAGUCUAAGCCUAUGUGUCAACAUUGUGGGGAGGCAUUCCAAUCCCAUAAGCCCCUGAAGGAACACAUUGAGCUGGUACACAAUGGAGAGGGGCUGUUACGCUGCUCUCUGUGUAAUGAGAAGUACACAACAAAGCUACAUCUUAGACAUCACAAGACCCACAUCCAUAAUGCUGGUCCCUCAGUGUGCAUCCACUGUGGUAAGACACUGUCCACCCCACGCAACAUGAGACAACAUGUUGAACGUGUACAUCAUCAAAUCAAGAAAUUUGCAUGUGACCAGUGCAGCUUUACGUCAUAUCAAAAACAACAGCUGACACGUCAUCUUAUGACGCAUUCAGAUGAGAGACCAUUUCAAUGUGAGCUGUGUAGUUGGUCUGGUAUUAAACGUCAUUCCUGGAUGAAGCAUAUGAAUUCUCACAGUGACAUACCUUGCUAUAAAUGCUCUCUUUGUGAGUUCACUGCCAUUACAAAGACUGAAGUACAGGAGCACCAGAGGACCCAUGUACCCCAACUGGACCAACAGAUGUAUAUAUCAUGUGGUUGCUGUAAUGCUCUAUUAAAGACUGAGGAAGAAAUGAAGGAACAUUAUAUCACUGAACAUGAUGCUGUCUUACUCACAUCUGUGAAUGAAGAUGGGGUUGUUAGUAUAGAACUGGGUACCAAAGAUGUAGAUAUGGAACAGGGGGAAGCCGUGAAUGCACUUGUAGAACAGGGGAAUGUGGAAACUGAAAUCAUACAUGGUGACCCUGCUGGGAAUACAUGGUGACCCAGAUUGAAAUACAUGGUGAUUCAGAUUGAAAUACAUGGUGACCCAGAUUGAAAUACAUGGUGACCCUG